CUCUCUCUACACACACACACAUUUCCUCUCUCUCUCUCUCUCUCUCUCAAAUUUGCACACUUUCUCUCUCUAAAAGCCUGUAUCUGUAUUAUCCAGAAUAGCAGGUUUUUUUGGAAGCAACAUUUUGAGGAUUUUUUCCGGGAUGGAAAAUGGUGUUGGGGUUGUUGAUGGGUAUGAAAAGGGAGAGAAGAGUGUGGAAGUUGGGGUGAUUGAGGGGAGAGUAGAGGAGGAAGGGAGGGUUGUGGUGGGGUCUGAUGAAGUUAAGGAUUUGGAUGGUGAGGAGGUUUUUGAGGAGGCAAUGAGUGACACAAAGGAUUUGGAGGAGCAUGAUUCAUUGGAUGGUGGGGUUGGUGGGGGAGAUAGGAAUGUUGAGGUGGUUGGUGAGUCGGGUUUGCGAGGGGUAGAUGACAAUUUGAAUGGUGGAUAUGAGGUUGAGAAGUUUGAGGAGGCGAGUGAGGUUGCAUCUUUGGAGGUGGUUGGGAGUAUUGAAGACAAGGUGGAAUCUUUGGUGGAUGGGAAGAGUGUUAAUGGGGUGGUGGUGGAGGAUGGGGUUGAUGAGGGAGGGACUGAAAAGGAGGUAGAGAAUGAUGAAUUUAAUGGGUCGAGGGAAGAUGUGGUUGUUGAUAGUGGAGAAAAUGGUGGAAAGGAGGUAUCUGAGAUUGGUGCUGGUGGAGAAGAGGAAGUCUUGAAGGGUGAGGAUGAAGUGGAUGUGAAGUCUGGUCUAGUGAUUGAAAAGUCUGAAGAUAAGGAUUCUGAUGAUGUGAAUUUGGAGCAAAUGACUGUAGAUGAAAAAGCAGAAAGUGGAGGUUGUGAUAAGUUGGAAGGAAGUGUUAUUGAGUCUCCUGUAGAAUCUGAAUUGAAUAGGGAGAUUUUGAAUGAAGGUGGUAAUGUUGAGGAACGGAAGGAGAAUAACUUGGGUACUGAAUGCCAAGACAACAGCAGCAGGGAACUGAAAGAUGCUAUAGCUGGCCUUGUUCCAACCUGCAAAGAUGAUAGCAGUGAUGUACCAAGGGACACUUCAUCUUAUAAGGACACAGAACAUCGGGAUUACAGGAAUGGGAAAGUGGAAGAUACUCAAGUUGGAGUGGAUUCCGAGCGUCAUGUGGAAACUUCUGAACUGAAAGACAUUUCAGUUGAUCUGCAUACAUCUGUGAAAGAAAUUUCAGUAAUUGAAAGCUCACCUUCUGCUGAAUUGUCUAAAACUGAGAAUUCUGAAAAGUUUCAGGGUGCUGCAACUGCCUUGAGAGGAGAGGAUAAUAAAGUUUCCCAACUUCAGCAUACUAAUGAAGAAGUUCAUGAAGCUUCCAACAGCCAUGUUGUGGCUGAGGAGAUUAAAACGAAGGUAGAAAAUACUCAGCAAGAGAAGAAAAGACCUGGAGGUAAUGGAGAAGAGGAGAUACAGCCAGCACCAGAGCUUGCUUCUUCAUUUGGAAAAUCCACAAAUCCUGCUCCCCCUGCUCGCCCUGCUGGCCUUGGUCGUGCUGCCCCACUAUUGGAACCUGCACCUCGGGUUGUUCAGCAGCCUCGUGUGAAUGGUAGUGCAUCUCAUAUGCAAAACCAGCAAAUCGAGGAUGCUGUUAAUGGGGAUGCUGAGGAGUAUGAUGAGACUCGGGAAAAACUCCAAAUGAUAAGAGUGAAAUUUUUACGGCUUGCACAUAGGCUUGGACAGACUCCCCAUAAUGUUGUUGUGGCACAGGUUUUGUACAGACUGGGAUUAGCUGAGCAGUUGCGAGGGAGAAAUGGGGGUCGUGUUGGUGCGUUUAGCUUUGACCGUGCGAGUGCAAUGGCAGAGCAGCUUGAGGCAGCAGGGCAGGAGCCCCUUGAUUUCUCUUGUACAAUUAUGGUCCUUGGGAAGACAGGAGUUGGUAAAAGUGCAACCAUCAAUUCAAUAUUUGAUGAAGUUAAGUUCAGCACUGAUGCUUUUCAAAUGGGUACAAAGAAGGUGCAGGAUGUUGUGGGAACGGUGCAGGGGAUUAAGGUACGUGUCAUUGACACUCCAGGCCUUCUCCCUUCUUUGUCAGACCAGCGGCAGAAUGAGAAGAUCCUCCACUCUGUUAAGCGCUUUAUCAAGAAAACUCCUCCAGAUAUUGUAUUGUAUCUUGAUAGAUUGGACAUGCAGAGCAGGGAUUUUAGUGAUAUGCCACUCUUGCGCACCAUUACUGAGAUAUUUGGUCCAUCUAUAUGGUUCAAUGCAAUUGUGGUCUUAACUCAUGCAGCCUCUGCUCCACCUGAUGGUCCAAAUGGUACUGCUUCUAGUUACGACAUGUUUGUGACCCAGCGUUCUCAUGUUGUCCAGCAAGCCAUUCGUCAAGCAGCUGGAGAUAUGCGGCUUAUGAAUCCUGUUUCAUUAGUAGAGAACCAUUCGGCAUGCAGAACAAAUAGGGCUGGGCAGAGAGUGCUGCCAAAUGGUCAGGUUUGGAAGCCUCAUUUGUUACUGCUCUCUUUUGCAUCAAAGAUUUUGGCUGAAGCAAACGCACUUUUAAAAUUGCAAGAUAGUCCCCCUGGCAAGCCUUUCCCAAAUCGAACAAGAGCACCUCCUUUACCUUUCCUUCUCUCUUCCCUUCUCCAAUCAAGACAACAGGUGAAGCUGCCUGAGGAGCAGUUUGGUGAUGAUGAUGAUGUAGAUGAUGAUCUUGAUGAGUCGUCAGAUUCUGAUGAGGAAACAGAAUUUGAUGAAUUGCCACCAUUUAAACGUCUGACGAAGGCCCAGGAGGCAAGGCUCUCUAAAUCUCAGAAGAAGGCAUAUUUUGAUGAGUUGGAAUAUAGGGAAAAGCUUUUUAUGAAGAAGCAGUUGAAGGAGGAGAAAAAGAGACGGAAGAUGAUGAAGAAGAUGGCAUCUUCGGCAAAGGAUAUGCCUAGUGACUUCAGUGAGAAUGUAGAAGAAGAAAGUGGUGGGGGCGCAUCUUUGCCAAUUCCCUCAGCUGAUUAUAACUUACCUGCUUCUUUCGAUUCUGAUAAUCCUACUUACCGGUAUCGCCAUCUUGAUUCAACCAAUCAGUGGUUUGUAAGGCCUGUUCUAGACAGCCAUGGUUGGGACCAUGAUGUUGGUUAUGAAGGAAUAAAUGUAGAAAGAUUGUUUGUGGUUAGAGACAAAAUACCCUUAUCUUUUUCAAGCCAGGUUACAAAGGAUAAAAAGGAUGCCAAUGUCCAACUGGAAGUAGCCAGUUCAAUAAAGCACGGUGAAGGGAAAGCAACUUCAGUAGGUUUUGAUAUGCAGUCUGUUGGAAAGGAUUUAGCUUACACUCUACGGAGUGAGACAAGGUUUAGUAAUUCUAGGAAGAACAGGGCAACUGCUGGUGUCUCAGUUACUCUCUUGGGUGAUGCCUUAUCAGCUGGAUUGAAAGUUGAAGACAAAUUGAUUGCUAAUAAACGGUUCAGGUUGGUUAUGACUGGUGGCGCAAUGACGGCUCGUGGUGAUGUUGCUUAUGGUGGUAGUUUGGAGGCACAGUUGAGAGAUAAGGAUUAUCCUCUUGGUCGUUCUCUUUCAACUCUAGGUCUUUCUGUCAUGGAUUGGCAUGGUGAUCUUGCCAUUGGUUUAAAUAUACAGUCACAGAUCCCUGUGGGACGGUCUUCAAACUUGAUUGCUCGUGCCAAUCUGAAUAAUAGGGGGGCAGGACAGGUCAGCAUUCGCUUAAAUACCUCGGAACAGAUUCAAAUAGCUUUGGUCGGCCUCGUUCCUCUUCUCAGAAAGCUACUUGGUCAUCUUCAACAAUUGCAGGACAAGUCAGCAUUCGCUUGAAUAGCUUGGAACCGAUUCAAAUAGCUUUGGCCAGCCUCAUUCCUCUCUCAGAAAGCUACUUGGUCAUUUUCAACAAUUGCAGUGUAGUCAAUGAUGAAAUUAGGUUAUACUGCAGCAGCUUCGCGGUUAUAGGAAAUAACUUUUAAAUGACCAUAUCUUAAUGAUGAUCAUAAAAAGUGAGUGAUAAUAAGCUGCUUAUUUCAUCUUCUCUCAUCCCAAAAAGUACCUUUCCUUGAUUAUAGUAAUUUAGCUUCUUUGCUAGAUAUCAGCAUUUGAUGAAUUUUGUUCCCUUUUAAUCUACUGGACCAAGUGUUGCAGCUUGUUCAUAUAUGCUUAUGUCUAAUAUCUCUCUAUUGGUGUGAAAAUUCGUUUUCAUUUUUUUAUUGAUUUAUUUUUUUAAA